AACUCAACACCUGCACCCAUCUCUGGCUUCAUUGUUGUUGGGGGAGAGCUGAAGUUGAUCUUCUUGUUUUGAUUUGAGUUUCAGUUCGAAUUGAUAAUGGCGUCAUCGGCACUGGGAACGGAGAGUUUCGCCGGUUUCGAAUAUACAUCAGCGGGAGGAAUCUUCUUGAUGCGAUGGUGGAAUGAGAUCGACGGAUCGCAACAAUGGCAGGAAGGAGUUUUUUAUGCUCUCUGUGCUGCUUAUGCACUCGUCGCUCUAAUUGCUCUGGUGCAACUUGUACGUAUUCAAUUGAGAGUACCAGAAUAUGGUUGGACAACUCAAAAGGUUUUCCACUUGAUGAAUUUUGUGGUCAAUGGAUUAAGGGCCGUUGAGUUUGGAUUUUACUGGAGCGUUUUUCACAACAAGCCAAAAGUAUUGGAUAUGAUACUUUUGGAUCUUCCUGGUCUUCUAUUUUUCUCGACGUACACACUACUUGUAUUAUUCUGGGCUGAGAUAUACCACCAGGCAAGAAGUCUUCCUGCUGAUAGACUCAGACCUGCAUAUUUCAUCGUCAAUGGACUCGUAUACUUCCUUCAGGUGUGUAUCUGGAUAUAUAUGAGAUUCAGCAAAGGUGCUGUUGCUGUGGAGGUUGCUGAACUCUUCUUUUCAGUUAUCUCGCUUUGUGCUGCUCUGGGAUUCAUUAUAUAUGGCGGGAGGUUGUUUGUCAUGCUUCGGCGCUUCCCAAUUGAAUCUAGAGGCCGCCAAAAAAAGCUACAUGAGGUGGGAUUUGUGACAGGAAUUUGCUGCACAUGUUUCUUGAUAAGAUGUGUGAUGGUUGCCGUUGCUGCAUUUAACAAGGAUGCCGAUAUUCAUGUUCUUUCUCAUCCCAUCCUUGAUCUUGUCUACUACCUGAUAGUAGAGAUCGUCCCUUCUGCUCUUGUGCUUUUCAUUCUGAGAAAACUGCCUCCAAGACGGGUUUCGGAUCAUUAUCAUCCAAUCAAAUAAUGAAAAUUUCGGAUCGAUGAGUCCUCUUUCCACGUAAAUCCCUUCAACGGUGCAAAUGUCCUUGUUCAUUCAUGUGUGUUCCUUUGCUCAUGAGAAUAAGAUUCCCAUCUUCAGAUGUAUGUCUUGCCAACAGCAUGGCCAAUAGACAGGAACUUGUUGCCGGGUAUUUUUGUAACUUUUUCUGGUCGAGAUCUUAAUCCAUUAAUCUGAAAAGUAAGUUCUUCAAGUUAGACAAAUCAAAUUAGUGAAUUAUUAAGAAUAGAUUUAGUUUUUGACAUAGCGGGUGUUAUUUGGAUGUAAAAUAAUCACACGACUCGGUUCGUUAUAAAAUUUGUGUCGACAUGUUUUGGUAUAAA